AUGUUGGCACCAAAGCGGUCCAACCUCGGGGGCAAUCCCAGCCAGUUGCUGCCCUCUGAGCUGGUCGAUCGAUGCAUCGGCAGCAGAAUCUGGAUCCUGCUACGAGGAGACAAGGAGAUUGUGGGCACGCUCAAAGGCUUUGAUGUGUACGUAAACAUGGUGCUGGAAGAUGUCAUCGAGUACGAGAUUACUCCCGAGGGCAAGCAGGAGACUCGACUGAGUCAGAUACUCCUCAACGGCAACAACAUUGCCCUCCUGGUGCCGGGUGGCAAGCCAGAGGGGGUGGUGUGA